AUGCGUGUGGCCAUCAUCGGGGCCGGGGUGAUCGGCCUCUCCACCGCCCUGUGCAUCCACGAGCAGUACCACAGCCUGGUGCCCUCCCUGGAGAUGGAGGUCUAUGCAGACCGCUACACGCCCCACACCACCAGCGACGGGGCGGCCGGCUUGUGGCAGGCCCCAGCUCGCGACCACCCGGACAUUCAUCGCAGGCUCUGGAAUAAAGAGACAUUCGAUUACCUCCUCGGGCACCUGGGCUCCCCGGCAGCGAAGGAAAUGGGACUUUUCCUAAUUUCUGGCUACAACCUGUUUACGCAGCCGGUGCCGGACCCGUCUUGGAAGAACAUCGUCCUGGGAUUCAGGAACUUGACACCAAAAGAGCUUGAACUCUUCCCUGGUUACAGGUGGCUCACCAACAGGUUAAUGCAGAGAGGAGUGAAGUUUUUUCAUAAGAAGGUUGAAUCUUUCCAGGAGAUGUUUGCCCAGGGCAUGGAUGUUGUAAUAAACUGCACUGGGGUGCGUGCGGGGGAGCUGCAGCCUGACCCAGAGCUACAGCCCGGCCGUGGACAGGUCAUAAAGGUCCUGGCCCCGUGGGUGAAGCAUUUCAUCAUCACACACGACAUUGAAUCUGGUAUCUACAACUCGCCGUACGUCAUACCGGGGAGUGAGUUCACGGUCUUGGGAGGGAUCUAUCAGCACGGCAACUGGAACGAAGAAAACAGCGCCCAGGAUCACAAAACCAUCUGGGAGAACUGCUGCAGGCUGCUCCCUGCUCUCCAGAAAGCAAAGAUCGUACAGGAAUGGAGCGGCUUGAGACCAGCGCGCCCCUGGGUUCGCUUGGAGCGGGAGCCCGUCCGCCACGGGCAUUUCCAGGCAGAGGUGAUACACAACUAUGGCCACGGCGGGUUCGGGAUCACCAUCCACUGGGGCUGUGCCAUGGCAGCAGCCAGGCUCUUUGGGAGCAUCCUCCAGGAGAAGAAGCUGGCCAGCCCGCCACAGCCCCGCUUGUGA